AUGGCAUCUAUUUUUGUGCAGGAUGCCUAUAGACUCCAGUUGAAGUUGUUCCUUUAUGAAGUAAAGCAGCAACAGUUGUUAUCAGGUGUCCGGACAUUCUUGAAAGUUUACUCAACAAUUUCUCUUGGGAAGCUUGCAAAUUACAUGGAAGUGGAUGAGCCGACUCUGAGGACUAUCUUGAUGACUUACAAGCACAAGACUCAUGCUGUUGAUUCCGAUGGAAAGAUUAUCUCAAAUGCAGAUGUGGAUUUCUACAUUGAUGACGAUAUGGUUCAUGUUGUUGAAUCCAAACCUGUGAAGCGAUAUGGUGAUUACUUCCUGCGGCAGAUUGUCAAGCUUGAAGGGGUGAUAAAUGAUAUGGACUGGGUAAAGCUGGACUGAGUUGCUCAUCACUUCUUGCCUCUUCCAGUUACUUGUUUUAUUCAUUUGAUACUACUUGGCAGAGAUUUUGUAUGACUUAGUUGGCAUUUUCUUGCCUUUUGAGUUAGUGAGAUUUCUUUAGCUUUGCGUUGUAAUUUUCGCCGCCACAUUCUUAUUAAUUUAAAUGAUAAACUGUGUUUUACGAGGGGCACCACAACCACAAGGAUUGAAUUGGUUUCUUAACCAAGUUUGUGUUGUCAGCCUGUUAAUCUGCCAUUGAUUAGAGAAGUUAUUAAUUUUGUGAAAUUGUAAUAUUUUUUGAGGUUAGCGAGGAAAUUUUAAA